GCUCCUCCGUAUGCACUCUGCACUCAACCCCACGGCGACGAUGGACUGUGUCGGCCCGGAGAUACAGGAGCGUAGACGGACCAGUGACUCCGACUCGGAACUCGACCUGAAGCGAGACGUGCCCGUGGACGUCGUCCACGUUGUCGACCUCGACAACGAGUGCAAGGCGUCUCCAGUGUAUCCAUGUAGUGCUGUGAAGGACGACGACACCCCGCAAGCCUGGCUGUCGAAGAUCACGCAGGUGCUCGCGGGAUGGGGAGUGGAAACGAACGGUAUCAACCCGAUCCCUCCGGAACAGAGAACAGAUAAACGGCUGUACCAGUUUUUCUUCCUGUGGUUCUCCGCGAAUGCGAACAUCCUGACAAUGGCCGCUGGCACCAUAGGCCCUGCGUUCUACGGGCUCGGCAUCCGGGAUGCUUGUUUGGUCAUCGUAGUCAUGAACCUGGUGACAAGUGUAUUCCCGGCGUACUUCGCAGUCUUUGGCCCGAAACUCGGGGCGCGCUCCAUGGUUCAAGCGCGGUUCUCUUGGGGCUACUACGGCGGGAUCAUACCGAGUGUCCUCAAUAUCUGCUCAAACCAAGGCUACCUCAUUCUCAACACCAUCAUCGGCGGGCAGACCUUAGGCAGCAUCUCAUCGCACCUCAAUGCGACACUUGGGAUCGUCAUCAUCGGCCUGAUCACGCUCGGAGUCGUCUUCAGCGGCUAUCGUGUCCUACACUGGUACGAGACGUACGUGUGGAUACCCAACGUCAUCGCGUUCGUCGUCAUGAUCGCCGUGAGCGGGAAGCACGUCGUCGACGCGCCCCUCUCUGGCACGACGCCCGUGACGGCAUCAACCAUCAUGACCUUCGGGUCGACACUCGCGGCGACGAUCGUGAGCUGGGCGACGAUCACAGCGGACUACGGCGUCUACCACGACCACACUGCGAGCACCGCCCGAAUAUUCGUCUACACCUACCUCGGAUUUGUGGUCUCCAGCAUGCCAUCACAGCUAUUGGGUGCAUCCUUCGCCGCCACAGCCGUGUACGUCCCGUCCUGGAAGGCCGGCAUGGGCAACGGAAACAGCAUAGGGGGCCUCAUAGCAGCCAUCCUGGAACCCGCGGGUGGCUUCGGCAAGUUCCUCCUUGUGCUACUGUCGCUGACCGCGCCCAGCCAGUGCGCACCGGCGAUGUACACGGUUUGCACGAGCUUCAUGACCAUCAGUCGGGUCCUGCAGAGGCUUCCGAGAUUCGCGGUGGCCAUUCUUUCGACGAUAGUCCUCAUACCCGUUGCUAUCGUCGGGUCAAGUAGGUUCUACGCCACAUUUGCAGACAUCCUAAGCUUCAUCGGCUACUGGCUCGCGCCGUUUUGCGCCAUCGUCCUCGUGGAGCACUUCGUCUACCGCAGGGGCCGCUGGUCCGCGUACGACGUCCUCGACGCCUGGGACAAACCAGCACACCCGAACCUCCCGCGGGGCUAUGCUGCGGUGUUCACGUUCGUUGUCGCCGUGGGCUUCAUCGUGCUGUGCAUGGAGCAGGAGUGGUGGACGGGGCCGAUUGCGGCCGCCGGGACGGGAGAUGUCGGGAUGUUACUGGGCUUUCUGCUCUCGAUUCCGGUGCACAUUCUUGCACGAUGGGUGGAGAGGCGAUGGAUUGAGGGACGUGUAUGAGCUGUAUCAGUAUCACUACUCCUACGAAUCACGAGUACCGUACUUGGAGCUCUCAAUCCGGUAAGCACGUGCCUGAAGGAACCACUACGGACUCUAGUAGAAUAUGGCUGGCUGGUUGGCUGGACCAUAGUGAUCUGCAGACCCGCUAUGUCUCUGUCCUUGGCUGCCACUGCAUAGUAUGGCGCUCAGUCAAGCACUCAUGGUCGGCCUCCGUACACCAUCAGUGAAACCAGAGGAGCGAGGGGAAUCAUAAUGUUCAGGCGAGCACGGCGCGGCCGCUGGAUUAUCCUUAAUUGACCACCCACUGCGCAUGGCGAUACCGUGAGCAAUGGGCGCUUACCUACAGUUGCAGUGGUUGUAGACGAACACAUCAACAUGAGACCGCAUAUUAUUAUUGCUACCAGCGGCGACAGCAUUGUACAC